GCUGGGGGAGCCGCCGCCCGCUCGUCCCCGCGGGGCCCCUUUGUGCUGCUGUUGCUGCUGCUCCAGAGCUGCCUCAGCCAGGCGGCGGCUGCGUCACGGCCCCGGCGCUGCGGCCGCCCAGAGCCACCCGCGGAGGGAGAGCCGCCGCCUCGCCCCCCGCUCCGCCAUCGCUGCGCGGCCGCGGCGGAAGGACGCGCCCCGAGCCAGGGCCGGCAGCCGCGGCGAAGGUAUUUCGGGUCCCCCGAGGGCUGGGCAAAGGUCCGGUUUCUGAUAUUUUGCAUUUCUGUGCGUGUGUGCCUGUGUGUGCCAGCAGAAAAAUCCCUCUAUCCUGGAAGAAUGGUGAAACUGGGGAAUAAUUUCAGCGAGAAGAGCACAAAGCAGCCCCUUUUGGAGGAUGGAUUUGACACCAUCCCCCUGAUCACACCCCUGGAUGUCAAUCAGCUCCAGUUCCCACCUCCUGAUAAGGUUGUGGUCAAAACAAAAACAGAAUAUGAACCCGAUCGCAAGAAAGGAAAGUUCCGUACUCCUAAAAUAGCUGAAUUCACAAUCAGCAUCACUGAAGGGGUUUCAGAAAGAUUUAAGGUAACUGUGCUGGUCCUUUUUGCCCUUGCAUUCUUAACGUGUGUUGUAUUUCUGGUAGUCUACAAGGUUUACAAGUAUGAUCAUACCUGUCCAGAAGGAUUUGUUUUCAAGAAUAAUCAGUGCAUUCCAGCUGGGUUGGAAAACUACUACUCUGAACAAGACUCCAGCGCUCGAGGGAAAUUUUACACAGUCAUAAACCACUACAACCUGGCCAAACAAACCAUCACGCGCUCCGUGUCCCCGUGGAUGACAGUACUGUCAGAAGAGAAACUGUCUGAACAGGAGACUGAAGCUGCUGAGAAAUCAGCUUAGUAUGAUAAGCUAAUUAUUAAAACUAUGUCAUUUGAAGGUAACUAAGGGACUUCAAGGAACUUUUCAUUAAAUAUAAUUAUGGAUAAUUUAGAGGUUACUCAUGUUUAUGGUGUAACUGCUUCUGUUUGCUGAUACUGCUUUGCAAAAAAAAAGUAAAAAACUGAAAACAAAAACUUGCUGCAGAACAUUCAUGGGCAUAACCCCAGGUGCAUAUCAGCAUUGCUGUAGAGCUUUGACACCAUUUUCAAUGUUAAAAAAAAAAAUCCAAUGUUAGAUAUGUUCUUGCAGUUUAUUGGAUACUGAUAGAUUUUGUCACUGGAUUUUCAGGGCUUGGACCUUAGAUAAAUCAUGUGUUCUGUUGUCUGAACAGAUACUUAAGUUAUUAAGUUUUUGAAUUCUUUGCCAUUUUGCAAACUGAAACACCCCAGCCAUAACUAGAGUGAUCUCUUGUUUAGCUGAAAGCUGUAAGCAAUGUUUAGUUUGGUCUCAAGCAGGAAUGAUAGUCAGCACUGACAUCGGGGCGUAAUGUAAUGACUUGUAUGGAGAAAGAAACUGUCAGGUCGCAUUUUUCCUUACGUUUCCUUUACUGUUUUUUGUAAGUGAUAAUGAAGUUCUCUGCAACAAGGCAUGCUCAAUGUUUUCUUAUUGCUGUCAACAGGAUUUAACUGCAUUUCCACUGUGGCUUUAGCAUCUUGGUAAGGAUGUGCACUGAAACACAAACUAGAUAGGCAUUUUGGAAAAACACAGGCAGUUUUAGUGGUGGGUGUUGAGGAUAGUGUAAAAAAUAUACAGUUCAGGAUGUUCUAAUGAGAAAUGACAUCUUUUGAUCAUACUAAAGAGAAAAAAAACCUAUUCACAGUACAUGUAGUCCACUAUGUCAUUUGUUGGAUACAGCUGAGGGAGUAAUAUGUCUAAAUUUUCUCUUGUAUUGCAUUCACAUUUUCCCUUUUUAUUAGUUAGAAAGAGUUUUCUGUUUGUGUAUGGUUUGCAGUUUGAUACUUCUUAGAACAUGGAGGAUCACCAGUGAAACAGUAGCAUAUUAGAUACCACAACUGGCUGUUAAAGCUGUAUGUGAAACAGAGUGAAGAGUAGAACUGUUUGUGUAUGGCUUGGGAGGGGAAGACGUAGAAGAACAUAGUAUUGUGGAUGCACGUUAAAAUUCCAUUGUAAUUACAAACUUACCUAUUCUUUGUGUGAAA